AUGUCGGCCGUGCUCACUGUAGAUGCUAUUCUAUUUGGGAUGCUGGUCAUUUGUGGCAUCCUGGGGAACUUCUUGGUCAUCUUUGUGGUAGUCCAGGCUGCCACUGAGAGUCCAUCCCGGAGGCUACCACCCUCGGACACUAUAUUGGUGCAUCUGUCACUGGCUAACCUCCUCACCUCACUUUUUCGCACCGUGCCCAUUUUUGUGUCAGACUUGGGCUUGGACGUGACUCUUUCUCCAGGUUGGUGUCGGGUCUUUAUGCUACUGUGGGUGUGGUGGCGAGCUGUGGGCUGCUGGGUGACUUUGGCGCUCAGCGUCUUCCACUGCACCACCCUAAGGCGACAGCGCGUGACCUUCGGACCCAUGGCCCUGCAACAGGAGAGGCGACGCAUCUGGAUCGCCCUGGGAGUGGUGUGGGGGGCCAACCUAGCUUUCGCUACCCCGGCGCUGGUCUACAGCACUCACGUCCAUGGCAACGCCACCGUGGAGCUGAUGGUAAUCAGUUGUACCACCAGACCCCUGCUGGGCUGCAUAUGGGAGUUCCCUUCCAGCCAACAGGGGGCAGCGUUUGCCUCUGCUUCAUUGGCCUUAAAUGAAGUGUUGCCACUUGUACUGAUGGUGUGCACCAACUUGGCCUCGCUGCACUCUCUGGCCAAGCACAUCAGGGCCGUGACUGCGGGGGGAGAACAGGGCGAGCUGGCCAAACAUGUGUCAGGCGAACGCAAGGCGGCUCACGUCAUCAUGCUGAUGGUGUCACUCUUUGUGGUGUGCUGGGUGCUGCAGGUUGCCGCGGUGACCUACUACAACCACGACAGAGGCCACCAUGCUGAAGGCCUGCUGACUGUGGCCCAUUUCUCGGCCUCACUUUUUGUGGGCUUCUGUCCCAUGGUGGUGGCGCUGGGGCAUGGCAAGUUGAGGAAGAGAAUUGUGGGCAUGAUACUGGGCUGGUGGAAAGUUUUUAAACGGCACCGUGUGGACGGCGGAGGUGGGGUUCAACCCCCCCAAGCUAAAGGAAAAAGGGCAAAACAAACCAUUUUUGUUGUUCAAAAGGAAAGGAAAAACAAUUGUGGAAGUAAGAGUUAAAGCAAUAAAAUUAUCAUUCCCAUUUGAAUGUUUGAAGUGUUAUUUUGCACAGAUUGAUUUCCAAAUGGCAGCACAGUUGCGUCGUUGUUGGCAUGUCUGCUCAUACUCGAGAGGGUCCGGGCUUGAAUCUCAGCUCAGGCCCUUUCUGUGAAAGUUUUCUGUCGGUACUCCAGCUUCUUGCCAUAUUUGAAAAAUUUAGUGCGAAAUGAAUUCUCCAAUUUGUCCAUUGUUGUGAAUGUGAGUACAAAUGCUUGAUCCCUCCUGUCUGAGAUGUAAUAAUACUGUAACGUGUGGAAUUGGGCUUAUAUGAUUAUUACUGUUAUUUGUUAGAUUGUGGUGGUUCACAAAAAUGGCUGAAAAAACACAUUUUCUCUCAUACACAUCAAUGCGCAAUUUAGUCUUCAAUGCACCCAUUUAAAAUGUGUGAGGAAGCGGCAGUCCUGAUAGAAAACACAAAUAAACACAGAGAGAACACACAUUUUAUACAAGGAGGGCCUCAGUAAGAUGAGGUUCAUA